CUCUGCUAAGCAGUGGUGGAGGGAUUAUAUUAGUAGUAGGCCAGCUGGAUCUCAUCCACUAUCCUGGACUGAGUUUACUCAGGUAUUUCUAUCCAAAUUUGUUCCACGCAGUGAGAGGGAGCGCAAGAGGGCCGAGUUUGAGGGUUUGCAGCAAAAUGGUAUGUCAGUUGCAGAGUAUGAGGGUAAAUUUCAUGCCUUGGCUAGGCAUGCUUCGAUGAUACUUCCCACAGAGGCUGAGAGAGUGAGGAGGUUUGUUAAGGGGCAGAUUAUUCCAAUUCGUCUAGGAGUUUCUCAGGUUGCUGCUUCUGGUGUUCCAUUCCUGAAAGUGGUAGAUGCUGCUAAGGAGUUGGAGAUGAUUCGACGUGAGGGAUUUGAGCAGCGAGAGGGCAAGAGGACUCGUUAUUUAGGUGAUUAUGGUGGUGCUCCGCCUAGGAGUCGGGGUUACUUGGGCAGAGGUUAUCACCCUCAGUCCAGCAGACCCAUUCAUGCUGCUAUACCAGCGUCUAAGGCUUGUUACGCUGGGCAUAACUCUUCGAGCUCGGUGCAUACUUCGCAGGGUUCAUCUUCUAGACCUGUAGUUCGUGGAGGGCAUUCUGGUCAUUCAGGUUCCUUUCAUCAGCCUGCGUCUCGUAGGGGCUACUUUGAGUGUGGUGAUAUGGGGCACUUUGUGAGAGACUGUCCUAGGACAAGACGUGGUGGCUUACAUCAGGGUUCUCAGGCUUCGACUUCCAGGGUUGCACAACCUCCAGCUAGGGGUGGUGCACAGAAUAGUAGAGGUGGUUCUCAUUCAGGUAGAGGUGGUUCUCCUUCUGGUCGAGGUGGUGGUCGUGGAGGUUCACAAUCUGAUGGAGGUCAUUCUCACUGUUAUGCUUUUCCAGGUAGGCUAGAGGCUGAAGCCUCAGAUGUUGUUAUCACAGGUAUUAUUCCGGUUUGUAAUCGACCAGCUACUGUAUUAUUUGAUCCAGGCUCUACUUAUUCUUAUGUGUCCACAUAUUUUGCUCCUAGUCUGGAUAUAUUGUGUGAGUCUCUUGAUUUGCCGAUACGUGUUUCUACUCCUGUCGGGGAUUCUGUAGUUGUAGAUCGGGUGUAUCGUUUAUGUACUGUUACUUUGAUGGGGUAUGACACUCAUGCAGAUUUAAAGGUCUUAGAUAUGAUAGAUUUUGAUGUGAUUCUUGGUAUGGAUUGGUUAUCUUCUUACCACGCAAUUUUAAAUUGUCAUGACAAGACCAUCACUUUAGCUAUGCCUGGAAUUCCUAUAGUAGAAUGGAGAGGUACUCUUAGUCAUCCUUCUAAGGGUGUGAUAUCAUUCCUUAAGGCUCGUCAUUUGGUACAGAGAGGAUGUUUGGCUUACUUGGCCCAUAUUCGAGAUACUAGUAUUGAGACUCCUAUGAUUGAGUCUAUUCCAGUGGAGGAGGCUACAUGGGAGACAGAGUCAGACAUGAGGAGUAAAUAUCCUCAUCUUUUUGAGCGUUCAGGUUAG